GACGCAACGUUUGCCAACAAUGUCCCCACUUUCUGUGCUGCAUGAUGACACUCAUUUCCGACGCGUGCCUGAAUCUUCAUCCUUCACUGCCAAACGAGGCUGUGAGAAGCUCGUCUUCUGAGCGGUGAACAACGAAGCGCCUCCUCAGCUAACAGCGCAUACUUCUAACGUUCUUCUUCCAUCUCUGCUCACAUCUUCAAUCAGCACAAAUAUAUUGAAAAACACUCAUUCUUUGAACAUGGCUUUCACUGGCAGAACACCUGAGUCUUUAAUACCACGAUCAGACUCUAGAAAUCCGGCGACGACGUGCAAAGGCAUCACCAAGUCCGGUCGACCAUGUAGACGUCCGAUCGAUGCAAAAAUAAGCGAUGACGACGGCGUUCUUGCAAUCGUUUCAAUCGCAGGUGACAGUGACAGCGACGACAUCGGCGCUGCAGCGUACUUCUGUUGGCAACACAAGGAUCAGGCUGAGCAGCUGGCAGCGACCAAGAGCAAUGGACCAGACACACAACUCUACCCACUAAAAGAACGGAGUAGCAUAGAUACCCUGGUACAGCGCUUAGGAGUGCUGGAGGUAGACGAUACCAUACAGGAACCGCGCCAAAAGAGGCGGGAUAGCAACAAGCAGGAGAAUGGGACAUCUGGAAGUCGGCCGCCAAGGCGGAUAAACCGGCCAGCGACCUGGGAUCGCGUCGAGGGACCAUUCAUCUCAGUGCCAAGCGACGUGAUGGCGGCGCAGAAGAAACGUAGAGACAGUCGGCCUUCGAAGCCGUCGCCACAAAGGAAGAAGCCGGGCUUCUGGCAAUCUCUAUGCUGUGGUGCUGCAGAUGACGAUGAGAUCGAAGUCGUGAGGCACAAGAAGCGUACAAGUCACCGCCCUGACCACACACCGGAAACUCCCAUGCAACAGGUGCCGCAAACGCCGCCUCGAACACAACAGACACAUGGCCGGCGACCAAGCGCAACUUCAGCUCCAAGACCUGCAUCCAGCUCUCAGCAAACGACUGGCCGUAGGCCAGCUAACACAAGCUCUCAAAAUGAGUCGGACACGACAAAGAUGCUGAGAUACAUCCCUCAAAACGUGUCUCCGCAGCUUGCUUCCACUCUACUGGCUGAGCUGUCCAAGCCGAUCUCGCAACACGACGACGAAGGCUACAUAUACAUUUUCUGGCUAACGGCCGAAGCCUCCGGUCCUGCACCCUCCUCCACCGCAUCAACCCUCCUCAACCCGCCAUCACGGCCCGACCAAGCACGACGGACUUCAGAUGUACUGCGACAAUACUCUGUAAAGCACGGCUCACGGCCGCGGUCAGGCUCAACACGCCAGAGGCCUGGCGACGACACAGUCGCUGGUGCCGAGAAUGAGAAGGACACCAUUCUCCUCAAGAUCGGGCGCGCAAACAACGUGCAUCGCCGUAUGAACGAAUGGACACGCCAGUGCGGUUACUCUCUGUCCCUCGUACGCUUCUACCCAUACGUGUCAUCAUCCACGCCAACACCUUCACCGCAAGCAUCGCCAGCAAAUUCUCGUCGCCAAUCUGCGCAGAGUGUAAACGCAAACCGGCGCGCGUCUGAUGCCGGCAUCGUGCGUAAAGUGCCCACUGUCAUGCGCGUGGAGCGCAUGAUCCAUCUGGAGUUAGCAGAACAGCGCGUGAUGAAGAAAUGCGAGGCAUGCGGGAAGCAGCACCAGGAGUGGUUUGAGGUGGAAGCGACAAAGGACGGCGUGAAGAAGGUUGAUGAGGUGAUCAAGCGAUGGGUAGAAUGGGCGGAACGGGCGAACGAGGAGCGUACGAAAUCAUAGUGUAGCCUGGAGUCAGUCAGUGGAGUCUUACAACGAUGAAUUUUGGUGUAUUCUAGGGGUUUGUAUGUCUGCGGACCCUAGUUGCCUUCACUCGUAAACGUUGGUCCGUGUGAAAUAAAAGCAAACUUGUAGCCACCAAGAUAUAAUGAACACGAAAGAA